AUGAUUUUGAUUUUGGGUUUUUGUUAUAUCUUCAAAGUUUUAAUUUUUCUUUUUGUUACUAAAUUUCACUGAAUUUUGGGAUUUUUUAAAUUUUCCAAAAUUAAAAAUAAAAUUUAGAAAAAAAAAAAAAAGGAAAAAGAAAGAUCUUUUGCUUAGCUUCAAGUUAAUGGACAACACGCAGAGAACAGAAGACCUCCGCCGAGCCCUAUCAUCACUCUGAGCUCAAAAUCAUCUUCCUCCUUUCUCAAUCCAAAUCUUCUUCUUACCAAUUCUUUUUCUUUUCAAAGUUUCAUAAACAGAUUACACCAAAUCCCAAUUCUCCGUGACACAGCUUUCUCCUUUUUUGGGAAUCAUUUGUUAACUUUCCCGGAGAAAAAAAAAUCAAUACUUGCAUGCUCUUAAGACUCUGAAAUGCAAUCAUCGCAUCGAAUUUUGUCUCGCCUCCUUCAUUCUCCUAGAAAAGGUUACAUCAGAGCAAGUGUCGGUGGCUCUGUUCACUUUUUGGCGCUAUUCGACGAGAAAGACAAUGGAUUUGUAGAUACUACUCAUCGGAGUUUUAGUUCUCUUAUCCGUUCCAGUUCUCACGUAAGAGGGCUUAUCUCCACCAAUUGUUUAAAUAAAGGUCUUGGUGUGCGAUGUUCUGUUUCGCUUGAUAGGGAAACACCUUUAAUUGAUACCUACUCCUCUCACCGGAAUUUCUUCACUCGGGCGAAACAAGUGAAGAGAAUUGAGAUCAAUGAUCAACACAGUCAAAGAGCUGUCACUACUGCACUAUGGUGCAACUUCCUCGUGUUUUCACUCAAGUUUGGGGUUUGGUGGACAAGUUCUAGCCAUGUCAUAAUGGCUGAAGUAGUUCACUCCGUAGCUGAUUUUGCUAACCAGGCACUUCUUGCUUAUGGGCUCAGUAGCUCAAGGCGUGCCCCAGAUGCUCUUCAUCCCUAUGGCUACUCAAAAGAAAGAUUUGUAUGGUCUUUGAUAUCUGCUGUUGGCAUCUUUUGCCUUGGGUCUGGUGCUACCAUAGUUAAUGGAGUACAGAACUUGUGGACUUCUUCGCCACCUCCGAAUAUGGAAUUAGCUGCUGUGGUAAUUGGUGGUUCUUUUCUAAUUGAAGGCGCUUCCUUACUCGUUGCAAUUCAAUCUGUCAAAAAAGGAGCUGCUCAAGAAGGCAUGACCAUAAGAGAUUAUAUAUGGCGUGGUCAUGAUCCUACUUCUGUUGCUGUUAUGACUGAGGAUGGCGCUGCAGUGGCAGGUUUGGCAAUUGCUGCCGCAUCUCUUGUCGCUGUUAGGAUGACAGGAAAUCCUAUCUAUGAUCCUAUAGGAUCAAUUGUAGUCGGAAAUUUACUUGGAAUGGUUGCUAUAUUUCUAAUUCAACGAAACCGACAUGCCUUGAUUGGAAGAGCAAUGGAUGAUCAAGACAUGAGUAAAGUUCUUAAAUUUUUGAGAAAUGACUCGGUUGUAGAUUCUUUAUAUGACUGCAAAAGUGAAGUGAUUGGUCCUGGAUCCUUCAGAUUUAAAGCUGAAAUAGAUUUCAACGGGCAGAUGGUUGUCCAAAACUAUUUGAAGAGAACUGGGCGUGAAGAGUGGGCAAAAAUGUUUCGCGAGGCUGCAAAGAACGGAGAUGAUUCUGCAAUGCUCAAUAUUAUGUCAAACUACGGUGAGGAAGUUGUCACGGCUUUAGGAAGCGAAGUAGACCGGUUAGAGAAAGAGAUCCAAGAGCUUGUCCCAGGAAUCCAGCAUGUUGACAUUGAAGCACACAACCCCACACCCACAGACCCAUCUCUUUGAUCUAAUAAAGAAACUCGCUUAAUUCAAGGUCGGAUUAUCGAUACAUUCUUUUGUUCCAUUCUCUUGGCCUGAAGAAAUGCAAGCCACAAGUAAGAUUGUGGUAAAUCCUGGCCUCUUGGAGAAAUAGAAGUGUUACAGUUGUGUGAUAGGGAAAAAUUUGCAAAUGGAUUCUUCUCAUGAGUGUUGUUGAUGUUAUAUUCUAUGCACACAACAACAAAAAAAAAGCUUGUUACUUGUAGGAACAUUGAGAUGUAAGAUCGAUAUUAUUUUAUAUGUACACGAUACUAGUGUUUUGGUAUUUCGUAUUCCGUAUUCAGAUAAUUCGGCUAAGACAUACAUAAUGUCUGUUCUCAUGACUAAACCCAAAU